UACAGAGAUGUGGGUGCAGACUGCUAACUGCAUCAAGGAAUCAGCCAGGGAAGUGUUAGGUGUGAGCUCUGGCUCUGGGAGUAGGCGUCGGGGUGAUUGGUGGUGGAGCGAUUCAGUCCGAAGUAAGGUGGAAGCUAAGAAGGUGGCGUAUUUGAGGUACAUGGGCUGCAAUGUUGUGGAGGAAAGAGCGGCGUUGCGAGUGGAGUGCAAGAAAGCGCGUAAAGAAGCUAAGUUAGAGGUAACGAGGGCAAAGAAUGCCGCUUUUGAACGCCUCUACAAGGAUAUUGAGGAGAAAGGCAGUGUUAAUCCACUGUUCCGGCUUGCUAAGGUGCGCGAGAGGAAGGCCCGAGAUCUAGACCACGUGAGAUGCGUGAAGGACAGCGAUGGGCAUCUCGUGUGUACGUACUGCCGGCGCAUUUGCUUGGAAGAGGUGGUUCGGGCUCUCCGCGUGAUGCGUAAUGGGAGAGCUGUGGGACCAGAUGAGAUUCCAGUGGAGUUUUGGAAGCAUGCGGGUCGUGAUGCGUGGGUUUGGUUAACCAAACUCUUCAAUGUUAUCCUCCGAACAGCAUGGAUGCCUGAUGAGUGGAGGGAGAGUCUCUUGGUCCCUCUGUUUAAAGGCAAAGGUGACAUUCAGAGCUGCGAGAAUUACAGAGGCAUCAAAUUCCUUAGCCACACCAUGAAGGUUUGGGAGCGAGUUAUUGAGUAUAGGGUGCGGAAAGAGGUUUGCAUUUCGGAGAACCAGUUUGGUUUCAUGCCUGGCAGAUCGACUACAGAGGCCAUUCAUCUCGUGAGGAGGUUAAUGGUAGAGUAUAUGGCUAGGAAGAAGGACCUUCAUAUGGUGUUUAUUGACCUUGAGAAGGCGUAUGAUAGGGUACCAAGGGAGGUCGUAUGGAGGUGUCUUGAGGCGAGAGGAGUUCCCAUCGUGUACACUCGCGCGAUCAAGGAUAUGUACGAUGGGGCUAUGACCAAGGUAAGGACUUCUAGGGGCGUCUCAGAUUCCUUCUCGGUAGGGAUGGGGUUACACCAAGGGUCUGCUCUUAGCCCUUUUUUGUUCGCCUUGGUGAUGGACGUCCUAACUCAAGGUGUUCAAGACGGGGUCCCAUGGUGCAUGCUUUUCGCGGAUGAUAUUGUGCUUAUUGACGACACGCGAGAUGGACUAAACGAUAAGUUGGAAUUAUGGCGCCUUGCCCUUGAGACUAAAGGAUUCAGAAUAAGUAGGAACAAGACUGAAUACAUGAGAUGUCGUUUCAGCGGCCGGGAUACAGAAUCAGAGGUGGAAGUCAAGAUCGACUCUCAUCUAGUACCUAAGGUAGACAGGUUUCGUUAUCUUGGCUCGAUUUCGCCUAGAAUGAAAGGUAAGUUCUAUCGAUCCGUAGUCAGACCUGCUAUGUUAUAUGGGGCAGAGUGUUGGGCGGUUAAGAAGACUCAUGUGCGUCGUCUGCAUGCGGCGGAGAUGCGGAUGUUACGAUGGAUAUGCGGGAAGACAAGGUUGGAUAGGAUUUCGAAUGAGGUUAUCCGACGUCAAGUAGGUAUGGCACCGGUGGAAGACAAGUUGCGGGAAGCGAGGUUGAGGUGGCUUGGCCAUGUGAGACGGCGGGAUGCUGACGCCCCUGUACGGAGAUGCGAGAGGAUUACGGUUAUCGGGGGAAGUAGGGGAAGGGGUAGACCUAAGAAGAAUUGGGAGGAAGUGAUAAGACAGGAUUUAGGACUUCUCGACCUGACUGAGGAUAUGGCCAUAGAUAGGAACCUUUGGAGAACUAGGAUUAGAGUAGCUGGAUAAGAGCUCGGUGUUGUAGAGGUGGAACCGGGGGUCUCUUGGAAACAGCCUCUCUACUUCCGAGUAGGGGCAAGGUCUGCGUA